ACUGAUUCGACUUUUGUUCAAAUCUAAUCUAGACCGGAAUUUCGCCUAGAGUUGUCAUCGAUUUAGUAGAUUCAGCAAAAUGAAGUUUUUGUUCUGCAACUUGAUAAUAUUGAUAGGGAGCUCUGUCAGCUCUGCCUCUACCAGCAUUGCUUCAGAAUGUACGUCGGGAGAUUUUUCCACACAUCCUACGUCCUGUGAGAAGUAUUUAAUCUGUGACAAUGGAGAAUUUGUCGAAAUGCCGUGUGCACCCGGAACCAUUUUCAAUCGAGACAUAAACGUGUGUGACUGGCCUAGUAACGUGACUGACUGUGUCGAUGGCGAGUACAUACCGACGCCACGGGAACCAGAAUUCACUUCACCAACCCCAGAUUGCAGCACGUGUCAAAUGGAGUUGGCUCCUCUAUAUCAUAUGGUUCGACCUUCCAACGAUCAUCAUUUUUAUACACCGUCAAAGACCGAAGCCGAUAAAAGUAUGGCCUACGGCUUUACAUACGACGCUCCACCAGGAUUGAUUGCAUUGAAUGGAUUAGACUGUAACUGUCGUGCCAGCCUGCAAUAUCCUACUCGACUAUACAGACCUGCAUCGGCUGAAAAUCCAAUCGAUGAACAUGUCUUCCUGUUGGACAGUGGUGAAAUUGGGCACUAUGUCAACGCGUUGAAGUACAGAUGGGAGGGUUAUGAACAGUAUCGUUUCCAUUGUUCAACUUCUGCCGGCAGUUGCGGUGCAACUGUACCGUUGCACAGAUAUUUGAAAAAUGGGAAACAUUACUUUUCCACAACCAUGGAGGGACAAGAGGAUGCCACCUAUGAAGGAGUCACAUGCUACAUUUGGCCAAAUGCAGACGUUUGAGUAGUUUUACGGCUAUGGAACGUGCUUGAUGAUGACGAGAUUUGAGUGAUAAGUAUUCAGAGACAAUAAACAUAAAUUCAUUUGA